CGUAUCAUCAACCAACCGCUAAAGUUGUGGUCCAAUUUACCCUCACGUUUCCUUUUAAUCUACCUCCAAACCUACCAUCGCCACGUUGACUCCCUUCUAUUUUGAAAAAGUCAAAGGACUUAAUCGUCAUUAUAACAAAAUGUAUACACACCAGCUGCAAUUUGCAAACGCAAGUCUGUAUCCGGAAGCUUCUGUUCUUCGAUUUUUGUUUGCAUCCAAGAACGUGAUUCAGUCCCAGUUCGUUGUUUAUUGCUUCGGAUUUUCUUCUGAAAGAAUUCAGACUUCUGCUCAAAGCAUGUCCAUCACAUCUGAUAAGGAGAUGCAUCUGCCUUCACCUGCUGUUGAGAUUCUACCCUCUAAGAUGGGAUACCCUUACAGAUAUGCUGGAGAAAACAUAGAUUGUCAAGAAGUUAGCAUCUUCAAGGGAAGAGUUAGUGUCUCAGAUAUUAUAGGUUCAGAGUUGAAAUCAUCAAAACCUGAUGCAUCUUUGAAAUCAUGGGAUAGCUCAUUUGAUCUUGUUAACAUCCUUAAGCAUGAGAUUCGUGAUGGACAGUUGAGCUUUAGAGGCAAAAGGGUACUUGAGCUUAGUUGUGGCCAUGGAAUCCCAGGGAUCUUUGCUUGUCUAAAGGGAGCUUCAACAGUGCAUUUUCAAGAUCUAAAUGCAGAAACAAUAAGACGUACAACAAUCCCAAAUGUCAUGUCCAAUCUUGAACAAGAAAGGGAUAAACAAAGCAAACAGCCUGAAAGUCCACUUACUCCAUCAAGACAAAUUCUCUCUCCAACUGUUCAUUUUUAUGCUGGAGAAUGGGAAGAGCUUCCUGGAGUUUUGUCUGUUGUUGAGAAGAAUGUUCUAGAAGCAUCACCAGUAAUGAACCUUAGUUUCUCAGAAGAUGAUUUUAUCGGUAGGUGUAGCUACAGCAGCCAUGAUGGUAGCAUCAUGGGACAAGAACAUUCUUCUAGAAAGUCAACUGGAAGUAGGGUUUGGGAGAGGGCUAAUGAGAGUGAUGUUGGAGGUGGAUAUGAUGUUAUAUUGAUGACUGAUAUUCCACAUUCAGGAACUUCUUUAAAGAAGCUUUAUACACUCAUUAAAAAGUGCUUGAAGCCUCCUUAUGGAGUAGUAUUCGUUGCUACUAAAAAAAAUUAUGUGGGGUUCAACAGCACAGCUCGACAACUAAGGAGCCUGGUAGAUGAGGAGGGCAUUUUUGGAAAUAAUUUAAUUAAAGAAAUGACAGACACAGAAAUUUGGAAGUUUUUUCUUAAAUGAACAUAUCAAUUAGUAAGAUUGCUAAUCUUUCAUUUUUUUAUAAUCUUUGGUAUAGUUGCAUGUCUAGAGCAUUUUGCUUAUAUGUUCACUUUAUAAUUUGAUUUAUAUAGUUGGAAAUAAAUAAUGCUAGGCUCCCAAUUCUGUUGCCUUGUGUUACCAUUUUAAUUUCAUUUUUGAGCUCUACAUUUUGAUAGUUAGUGAUCCUUUUAGUUUUUUUUUUUUAAUUAGAUAGCACGUGUAUUUUUUUCCCCUUAUUUGUAUGAUGAAUUAUUAAGUUUGCACCUGCU